UAAGUUUUUGUGGUGCGACUUAUUUAAAAAAUAAUGUUAUGUUUAUAACCUUUUAAAAUGGAUUUUUUACGCAAUGUUGAUAAAACAUUAUUUCCAAUUAAAAACAUUAGUUCGGUUGUCAAGCUGUUUCGAAACCAGUUAGAGGGUUGUGACGAACCGGAUUUAACUUUAUUGUCCAUUGCGGCCGGCUUCAUUGAAAAUCAGCUUACCAGCAGAUCAGUUUCUCAAAUUUCUGCCCAGUCCAACGAUGCAACGGAAAAAAAUGUUUUACCAAUUUUUGAGUUAGAAACGGUCGAAUCUCUUUAUAAUAAAUUUAACUUAAUUAUCACAAGUGCAAUAGAGCCAAAUAAGACCAAGUCUUAUGCUACUCGAGAGUUGGUUAAGAAAGUUUCAGACAUAAUUUGGAAUUCUUUAACACGUAGUUAUUAUAGUGAUAAGGCUCACUUGCAAAGCUUAUACAGCUAUUUGACAGGCAACAAAUUAGAUUGCUUUGGGGUUGCAUUUGCAGUUGUAGCUGGUUGUCAAACUUUGGGUUAUGGUGAUGUUCACUUGGCUUUAUCAGAAGAUCAUGCUUGGGUCGUUUUUGGUCCAGACUUAUUAGAAACAAUUGAAGUGACUUGGCAUGGAAAAGGAAAUGAAGACAAAAGAGGACAGACAAUUGAUAAGGGUACUUCAAUUAGGUCUUGGCUGUAUGUAAACAACAGACCUGUAAUUUGCACCAGGCAUAUGGAAGUGGCUGCUCUUGUCUCUGCGAUAAACCCCUCUCUAAACUCUACUAGUGAUGCUGUCGAAGUUGCCUUGUUAAAACAGGAACUUCUGUGGCUUUUAUAUGACUUAGGAUGCUUAAAAAAGUAUCCAAUGGCUAUUGGCAACUUGGGAGAUCUAGAAGAAAUUUCUCCUAAAAGACCUGAAAUUACAUGUAAAAAACUUUUUGAUGAAGCAAUAGAAUCUGCCAGAAAAUACUACAACAAUCAACAUGUGUAUCCGUACAUAUAUCAAGGCAGCUUCUUCUAUCGCAAUAAGAUGUACAAGGAAGCACUUGGAAGUUGGGCGAAUGCAAGUGAUGUUAUUAGGCAAUAUAAUUACUCAAGAGAUGAUGAGGAUAUUUAUAAGGAGUUUUUUGAAAUUUCCAAUGAACUCAUUCCCUUUGUGAUAAAAUUGGAGGGUUCAAAUAUUGAGACCAGUACCAUUUUAAGGAACCCCGAAAGCUUUGCUAAUUUGUUGAGGUUUUAUGAUGGCAUUUGUCAAUGGGAGGAAGGAAGUGCUACUCCAGUACUGCAUAUUGGUUGGGCAAAACCCUUGGUAAAUACAAUUUCAAAAUUUGAGGCUGAUAUAAGAGCACAAGUAAAUAUUGUUGUUGAAUUUGGGGAUAAGCACAACAUUCUAAUGUUUAAUAAUAACAAUAAUUAUGAAGAAGAAAAUGAUUCUUGUGAUAAAGCUGACAAAGAAAAAUCUGAUUCAAUCUCUUACUCUUCUUUGGAAGAUCUAACUGCUGCAUGUUCAAAAAAAAUUCUUAAUCCUGAUUAUUUGUUACAAGGUGACGGAGCUCUUUUUGUAGGUGGUAGUGGAGUUAAAAGUUCAGAUGCUAAUGAUACAUGCGAUAAGGAAGAGAAUGGCUCGCAGAGUACUUCCAAAUCUCCAGUGUUUGAAACUAAGUUAAGGGAGGUGAAUUCAUUGGUACUCCUACGUAGCCACAAAAUGAAAGGUUUGAAAGACCUUCUACUUGCGGAAAAGUUGAAUACCCAGGCUAUCCUGCUACAUUUGACAGCACAGUCUCAGGUGCAGAUUGGUAAGGUACACAGAAAUGAUAUUGAUUCAACCCGACCAAAAAGAGUGAAAAGGGAGUGAGUGAAAACAUAAUCUUUAAGAAGAAUUUUGCCAAUCAUAGAUAUGAAAAUAGAACUAGAACUUUUCUGUCAGUAUUUCAGCUGCCACAUUUUUAUUUUCACAACAUGCACUUUCAAAUGGCUGCAUUGCAGUGCCUUUUAUCUGCAAAUUAGUACUUAGUAUUACACUACUUCAAAGGAAAAUUGUUUUAAUGCUUUUUUUAAUAGUAUUACAUCUGAUUGAAGGUGGAAUAUGUUAAUAUAAAUAAUAUAUUGAUCUCCAGGGUAAGUAACUACAAAUAAUCAAAAUUUAGCUAAUUAGUGUUUAAGUUUGUUUUGACAUGUUAUAACAAUUUUUUUCCAUUACUACUAUUGGUUUUGUUAGCUGUAAGUUCUAAUAGGGAUUAGGUGCAACUUGUUUGAAACCAAUCAUCAAUAUUGCAGCAAAUGUUAAUGUUCGAUAAGAGUAUUUUCUUUAAGUUUUGGUCCUUUUUGCGCCAAACUUCUUACAGCACUGGCAAUUCGGUUACAUUCAAUUUUUGUGCGCCGUUUCCACCUAAACUAUAAAUUAAAUUAAUAUUUGCAUGUAUGAUUAUUGUAAUCAAUAGUUGGCAUAUUCUUUAAUGCUAAAAUUAGUUUCAUGUUAUAUAGUACGAUAUUUAAUAGAACCUGUUGUUGCUGUUGUAACUAUUCUUCAUUGCGUUCUCGUACAAAUUAGGUAUAGUUAAAUUAUAAUUCCGUUACUUGUAUAGAUUCGUGAAAAGCUUUAACGCUCUGCAUGAUUAAUGCAUAAUAGGCGUAAAAAAAUACUAAUUUAAAAAAAUAUAUAAGUUUAGUUUAGAUAAUUUAUUGAUGAAUAUUGUUAUUCGAUCAUAUAAUUGUAUCUUGCAAUUAAAUUACCGAUGUUUUUCUUAAUAUGAUUGAUAAUGAUUCUGGACUGAAAUUAUAACCUUGGCGUUAGAUUGACAAUACUUAUCCAUUUUCCGAUUCCGUUUUUAUGCAUUCCGAUAAGUUUUUGUUUCUUUAAUGGUUUUAGGAUAAUUGUUAAAUUAUAUUAAUUAAGAGAGUAUUAAAAUGGUUGUAUUCAAACUGAUGAUUUUUAAUGUAUCAAAUGUAUUUAUUUUU